UGGAGAUUAUUUUAAUUAAUUUUUUUUUCUUUUCAUUUCAGACUUGGCAAGAAGUGGAGAACCUAUUGUACCAGGAUAACACACCUUAUGAAACAAGCAUGCUACAUAUUAUGUCGCAGUCAGAUCAACUGUCCCUCGGUCCAAGCCGGCCGACCCAUAACCAACCUCCACAGUCUAGCAUGAACACGUCAGCAAAUAUGCCGACCGUUGGAAACCUACACAUCCUUGCCAUGAGUAAUAGUGGCGUUAACAACAAUAAUAGCAGCAACACCACAACCACAGACAAUCUCAACAACAGUGUUAAUAACCCUUCAAACGUCAUGGUCCCCAGCAACAGCAUUAGCGGCAGUAAUCUGAGUUCUUUAGCUGUUAUGUCUAACCUGAUGAAGCAGCAUUCAUACAGCAGCCAGCUGUCUUAUUUAUUGGGCAACCACCGUGGACAAGAACAGAUGUUGGAUAACUAUGAGCACCUGCUCGAUUUAGACUUCAUUCUGAACAACACCGCCGAAAACCAAAGUCUGUACCAAGAGGAGCCAACCAUGAAAAUCAAACAGGAGACUUUAGAGCCACUCCCAGACUUCCAUUCAGCUUUUCUAGACAUCCCUGACAUCAAGUUUGAUACUGAAAGUCAUCAUCAUCAUCAUCAUCAUCACCAUCAUCAACAGCAGCAGCAGCAGCAUCAACAUCAUCAUAGCAGCAAUCCGGUUGACAUGAUGACAGUUAAAUCCGAAUAUAAAACCUCUCCAAUGAAUGUUAUUCCCAAACAGGAAUACGGUAGUUUAGCUUCGUCUUGUGCCACUUACAACGCCACAUUGAAUAGUUUGCCCGCAGGUGCCGCGCAACAACCAAAUCAAAUACAUUACGUCAUCCCAGGUCACAUGUCUCCACCAGCGUCCCCUGAGAUGCACGACGAACGCAAACAAAUGCAGUGCAACCAAUUAGGCAUGAUGCACCCUCAUCAUCCACACCAGCAGUCCAUCCUUCUGCCUCCUCAUAUUCUCCCUAAACUGGGGAACCCACAGAACACGAUGUUACAGUUACCUCAUCCAAUGAUUACACCUCCGGCGUCUCCUCAACUCGUGGACUUGUUGCUUCCUCAGCAGCAAGCCAUUGUUGAGGGCGGGGUUAAUGUUCCAAAGAAACGAGGCAGACGUUCUUGGGGUCGCAAACGUCAGACCAACCACACAUGCACUCAUACUGGAUGUAGUAAAACCUAUACGAAGAGCUCUCAUCUCAAGGCUCAUCUCCGUACACACACGGGAGAGAAGCCUUACCACUGCAAUUGGAAAGGUUGUGGUUGGAAGUUUGCUCGUUCUGAUGAACUGACCCGCCAUUAUCGAAAACACACAGGAGACAGACCUUUCCAAUGUCAUCUGUGCGAGCGGGCAUUUUCUAGAAGCGACCAUCUCUCACUGCAUAUGAAGCGUCACAUAUGAGAUAUCAACACGAUUUUACUGUUUGAUCGGCAAAUGAAGAAAUAAUGGACGACCUAUCAAAGAAUAUGAAUGGAAAAUAUGAACGGAAAAUAUAUAAAAUAAAUAUAUAUAUAACAUCAACGAAAAAGAAUCAGCCCAACCAGCGGCGUUGGGAAGCAGAAAUUCUAGUGACGGUGGGGGUCGUAGCGAUGGUAGGGAAACGACGAAACAUGGACAUCUAAUCACCGAAUCAUUGGUUCAAAGAAAAAUAACAUUUCUUUUUACAUUGAUCAAUUAAUAUAUAAACUUGAUUGUAAAGCUUGAAACAUUAACGAUAUAGUGCUGUUAUUAUUGUUGUUGUUGCUAUUAUUGUUGUUGAUGUUAAUGAAGAAAAUAUUCCUUUUCUUCUUUAUACUUCUUUUUUAAAAUGAAUAGCUCCGAGAGCUGAGAGAAAUGUCUGAUAUCUUUGACUGAAAAAAUAAUACAGAAACAUUACAAAGAAUAUAUUUACAAAGAAAGAACUGAAAUCGCAAAAAUUACACCAAUACGUUCACACACAUUCACAUACACACAUAUACAAACACAUACACACAUAACGGAUAAUUUGCAUGAAUGGAUAAAAUAUAAGAAAAAAAAACAUUUGUCUUUUUAUAUAUUUUAUAACUUUUUCUCUUCGAAAUUUUUUCACCAUUUGUGACUUUCUAAGAAUUAUCAUUUAGCGAUGUACUUUGAUAUGAUUACAUGUUUCACCAGAUCGGAAUAUUCUAUAGACUUCUGAACAUAAUAUACACUCACACACACGCACAGAAAUAUACAAAUAUUUAUAUAUGUAUAUAUAUAGUAUAUUUACGUGUUUUUAUAUAUAUAUGUGUGUGUGUGUGUGUGUUUUUGCUUCUUUCUCUAUUUUUCUUAUUUUUAUUUUGUGUGUUUUUUUUUUACGGCAGGCCGUAAAAAAAAAGGAGAAAAAAAGAAAAUGUCCGAAUAUUCUACUUUGUCUCCCUUCGUUUCCCCUCAUUCCCAACCCCGAAUAACGGUUGGCACCAUUCUGUAGGUCGCACUCUAAAGAUGGACGUACCAGUCAGCAACAACAAUUCAAUGCUUUUUAUCCUAUCCCCAACCCCAAUAACAACAACAACAAAAAUGAACUGAAAUUCCGACAAAGCAUUGGGGGUUUUUUUGGUGUUGUUAUUGUUUGUUUUUGUCUGCUUGAUAAUUUUUUUUCUGGUAAAAGUAAAAACAAAAGAAAAAGCUGUUAUCAUUAUUACUAUUAUUAUUGUUGUUAUUAUUAUUAUUACUAUUAUUGCGAUGGCACUGAUGUAGCUUUGAACAAAUUAGAUAAUCAUACAAAUUAUUUAAAGCUCUGCUUCAUAAUCGCCUUAACUCCUUUAAUUAACCCCUACCCAACUCACGCACACACUCCUCCGAUUACAAAAAUAUUAAAUAAUAAUAAUAUUCAAAACGAUAAUAGUAGAAUGACACUUCUGUUCGAAACUGGGAUAGUCAGCUUCUAUAUUUUAUUUUUUUUUUUGUUUGUUUUCUUUUUUUUUUACUUCCAUCAUUUAGCUGCCCAACACCGCCACCAACACGACUCGAGCUUGUGUUCUCCGCUCCCGGGCACACAGAGAACGCAAUCCGCUGAGAAGUUAAAUCAUUCUGUCAGCAAAGAUAUGAAUAAAUAAAACACAAUAAAUAACAAGAGAAAAACCACUAAACAAAAAAAAAAAGAAAAGAAAAAUAAUUUAUGUUUAUUUAGUACAGCAGUUAAAUUAAUCUCACCUUAAAUAUUAUUCUUAGAGGACAAUCAAAAACGCAAAAAUCUGUAAAACAAAGCAA